AUGGAAUCAAAAACGGUGAGUGUAACAAGCAGUCGUCGACAUACACUGUAUGGCGAACCCAAUUCGACAAGAAAUAGUAUGGACCUGAUUGAGGGUACAACGCAGCAUUAUCAAGGAUUAAAUAAAAAGACAGAUGCUCAUGUGCAACGUCAACGCUGGGAUGCAUUUUUUGAACCUCAGUAUUCAUUUGGAGCGUUUAUUCAUGGUCUAAACCAACAAGAAGAAGAAGAUCAAUUUAUUCAACAUCAGAAGAAGAUUGAUCGUCUUGUGGACGACGGCAAUCAAUUACGCGAGAUGAAAGUGGUGGAGCGUCCUAGUUUGGAUAUGUAUAGUACUGAGAAUUCGACGGCCACCAUGACACCUACCUUACCUGAUAUGUCACUAACGGAGAAGGAGGAGCGUUGGGGACCGGAAGAUGAGAAUACAUUGAUUGAACGCUUGGAGCUUUUGAAAAAAAUGCGUGCGCAAGCCACGGAUGUUGAAACGGAAGGUGACCAUGAUAGAGAAGAACAAGAAGCACAUACUGCACGUUGGAAGCGUAACAUUUCCGAAAAGGCUAAACAAUUUUGUAAAGAAGCUCAAGAUGAUGAUGAAUCUGUACUAUCUUCUUUAGACCCCGAUGAAAAGAACGGAAUACACGAUGAUGAAGAGGCAGCAGCAGCAGUAAAGACAUUUGGGUGUCGACGUUCUUUUCUUUGCUUCUUGCUUGGUUUCUUGUUCCCUCCACUUUGGUUAUUGGGAGCAUUUUAUUUCUCUUCGCAAGCAAACCGCCAAUCGUCGGCGAGUAGGAGAAUUGAUCGUAUUUGGCGUAGACGGUCUCGUAUUGCCUUUGGUAUUUUCAUCAUAUCCCUCAUGAUUGUUCUUGUCGUGGUCUUUGUAUUAAAUCCGGAUUCCAUUGGCUGGAGGCAAAGUAAAUUAGCAGGCCAUUGAUUGAAUGUAGAGAUACAUUUUUUAUUUUUUAUAUGUAUGCAAUAAAAUAUGAAUGAUAAAAAAGAGAAAAGGGUAAGCGUAUGCGAAAAAAAAAAUUGAUAUAAAAGACGAUGUAAUUGUAUGUGUGUGUGUGUGUGUGUGUGUGUGUGCGAGUGUGCGUGUACGUGCAAAGGAGGGUCUAAUUCAAGUAGUGAGUGGGACUGGGACUGAUACUCAUGGCCAUCAUGCCCGAAGUCACAUCUUCAUCUUCACUAUCUUCUUCUUCCUCUUCACUAUCCUCUUCCUCAUCAUCUUCUGCAAUCCAGUCA